AUGGAGGAAAUUAAAAGUAUAUUAAAAUCAAUGCAGGAGGCAAUAAACCAACAAAAACGCGACAUGCAGGAUAUGAAGGAAGAUAUUAAAGAGACAAUUAAUAGAAGCAUAAAUGAAAAGUUUAGAGAGCUGGAAAACCAAAACAAAAUAUUAGAAGAAAAACUCGAAGUCCAAAUAAGCAAAUUAAACACACUAGAGAGGAACUCGCGACGAAAAAACCUGCUUAUUUUUGGAAUAGAGGAAAAUGAACAAGGCUACUGGGACUUAGAAAAAAGCGUUGUGGGCAUAAUUGAUAAAUAUUUAGAUAUCAAAUGCGACAAAAACAGCAUCGAGUACAUAAGAAGACUUGGAAAAAAGGGGGAGAAGACCAGACCCAUAGUUAUCACACUAGCAACGAUGGGGCUAAAAAUAAAAAUCCUUAAACAAAAGAAAAAAUUUGAAUCUACACCGUACUAUGUUAAAGAAGAUUUUCCUUUAGAAAUUCUUAACAAACGCAAAGAAUUGCAAAAAGAAGUAAACACAGAACGAGAAAAAGGAAGACUAGCGAUUCUCAAGUAUGAUAAAAUUAUUUUCUUAAAUAAUAAAAACACUGACCCUGAAAGAUCAAGACCAGGGAAAAAGAAGAGAAACCUGUCAUCGUCACCAGAGUCGAUAGAAGAAAACCGCAACACCAAUAUACUUAGAAAAGCAGCGAAAAAAGUAAAUAAAAACAACCAUAUUGAAAAGUACUUGACAAAAGCAAUAAAUUCAAAACGUCCCUCUUUAGAAGAAGCUACAAUAUCUCUAAACAUCGCAGAAUAA